CGCCUCUGUUUUUCUUUUUUCUCUCCAACAUCUUUAACUUUGCUGCUGCUCCUGAAGUCCGUUUCCUUCCAUCCUACUUCAAGAAUCCGCAGCCCGAGCGGCAGCAUUAAAUUGUGUCCUGGUAAAGCAAAAGCAGAAAGUCAGCGAUGACAGUAACGUACUCACGCAGGGUUGCUGAUGCCCGUCUUGGGACCUUUUCUUACCUGCUACUGCGCUGGAAAGGAAGUAUUUAUAAGCUGCUGUACCGCGAGCUGCUCAUCUUUAUUGCUCUUUACUACAUCAUUAGUGUCCUGUACAGAUUGCUCUUAAAUGAUGAGCAAAGGAGGCUGUUUGAGAGACUUGCCAUCUACUGUGAUCAGUAUGCACAACUCAUUCCUGUAUCGUUUGUACUGGGUUUUUAUGUGACCCUGGUGGUAUCUCGUUGGUGGGGGCAGUUUGAGAGCAUCCCAUGGCCAGAUCGCUUGGCAAUGUUGAUUGGGGGACACGUCCGGGGAGCUGAUGAAGGUGCCAGGUUGAUCCGCAGGAGUCUGGUGCGUUAUGCCAACCUGUCUGGCAUUCUCAUCUACCGCUCCAUCAGUACUGCUGCCUAUAAAAGGUUUCCCACCAUGCAGCACCUGGUACAAGGAGGACUGAUGACAGUAGAGGAACUAAGGCAGCUGGAUGAACUGCCGUCUCCUCAUAAUAAAUUCUGGGUUCCUUGCAUGUGGUUUGUAAAUCUGGCACUCAGAGCACGGACAGAGGGACGCAUCAAUAACGACGUUGCACUCUCUGCCAUUCUAAACGAGCUAAAUACAUUGCGCUCUCAGUGCAUGAAGCUGUACAGUUAUGAUUGGAUCAGUCUGCCACUUGUAUACACUCAGGUGGUAACUGUGGCUGUAUACAGUUUCUUCUUGACUUGUCUGAUUGGUCGUCAGUUUCUUGACCCCGCCCAGGGCUAUCAGGGCCACAACCUUGACUUCUACCUUCCGGUCUUUACACUACUGCAGUUCUUUUUCUAUGUCGGCUGGCUCAAGGUCGCAGAGCAACUCAUCAAUCCAUUCGGGGAAGACGAUGAUGACUUUGAGACCAACUGGCUGGUGGAUCGCAACCUGCAGGUAUCUCUGCUGUCUGUUGAUGAAAUGUACGAUCUGCUUCCGAUCAUAGAGAAGGAUAAAUACUGGAAUGAAUCAGAGCCUCAGCCACCGUAUACGCCUGCCAGUGCUGAACACCAAAAACCCUCUUACAUGGGAUCCGCUCUGGAUAUCAAUGUACCUAAAGAAGAUAUGGAGUUCCAGCAUAACCUGGAGCAAAUCAAGGAACAUGAGGAAGCCAACCAUUCCACUCCUCUUCUGGGCAGCCUGACUCGUUUGCUGGGUGUGAAGUCGUCUAUUUUUCCCCGAUCUUCCACUUCUUCUUCUAGGGCUUCUCUCCUUCGUCGCCGCCCACGUGCACCAUUCAGCCGCUUCCCUCUUUAUUUCCAUCCUGAAGCCCCUGUGUUGCACAGCCAGAACCAAAAUCCGCCUGAAUGUGACGUGACUGAGUACGCUUUUUCCUCCAUGCCCCUAUAUGAGAGACCUGGUUUUUAUAGUUGCCCCCAGACACCCAUCCACUGUUUGCCCCCACCUAUCAAUUGGCCCCGCCCACUCCGCAGGGCGCAGGGCGACUUGGUACACAGCACCAGCUCAAUUUCUCAUUCUCUACUAGGAUCACAGCUUCUGCUUCCUGGUACACCAGGCCACAUGCCCCCUACGACAUCCUCAGGCUUUCCUGGAAAGGUAGAAGAAAGCUCAGAACACCCCUCAGCAUCUAUGUUCUCCUUCCCUGACCCUGUAGGAGAGAUGUGCAAUUCAGGUAAACUGUGGCUAAAUCAGGCACUGCUAUCCAAUCGUCCUCCACCUUCUUGUCUCUCUAUGGACAUUCCUCCUUUAACAGAAGGACAACUGGGACCCUUAAGCGCCCAUACGAUGAGUGGAGGAGGAGAGAGAGUGUUCUCCUUCACUCCUCCAAUACAGAACAACAUUCAGAGCAGCAUGAGCUCAGGGUGCAUCAACAUACCCAUUACAUCCACCAGCAACACCAACAAUACCAACAGCAGCAUGGGGAACCUGUGUAAUCUCACAGGUCUUGUAUCUGGCUUGAGCAGUAACCCAAGACUUGGCACCAUGGCGCUGACUAACUCAGUCAGUACCGUCACAUCUGCUGCUGCAAACACAACGCAGCAAACAACCAGCCAACACAAUUCCCCCAAGGAUUCUGGGAUCUCAUUGUCUGAGAAGGAUUUACUGGGCGGGUUAUUGGUGCAGAGUGGAACUGUGCAACCCAGUGGGGCGAGGGAACCGUUCUGAGAAAGGGCAAAGUUUUUCUGAUGCGCUGGAUGAAGUGGGGGAUGACGUACACAAACCAUGUACUUGAGUUAAAGUAGAGAUACACUCUGUAUAAUAUGACUCCAGUAAAAGUAAAAGUGCUGCCUUUAAACUUUCACAUGAGUGAAAGUACAAAGUAUUUGCCUUCAAAUGCAAAUCAUUUAUUACGGCUACAAUGUUUCUAUUAUCAUUUUUGUCACAAGACUCUUUGCUUAAUAAACUCAGUUUAUGUGAAAA